AUGACCAAAAGAAAAGAGCAGCAUUACGAAGUGCAAGUAACCGACGAGAAUGAUGUAUUGAAAAUAACGGCCUUGGGUGCUGGAAAUGAAGUUGGGCGUUCCUGCGUUGUAAUUCAAUACAAAGGAAAAACUGUCAUGCUUGACGCUGGAGUUCAUCCAGCAUACAAUGGCAUCGAAGCGCUACCAUACUUUGAACAAAUAGAUCCUUCUACUGUGGAUAUAUUACUUAUAAGCCAUUUUCACUUAGAUCAUGCUGCAUCGUUGCCUUACUUUACGGAGAUGACAACAUUCCAAGGUCGCGUGUUUAUGACCCAUCCAACAAAAGCUAUAUAUAAAUGGUUACUGUCAGACUAUGUUCGAGUCAGCAACGUUUCCGUGAGCAAUAAUCUGUACAAUGAAGAAAAUCUCAUUCGUAGCUAUGAAAAAAUUGACGCAAUUGAUUAUCAUCAAGAAGUCGAAGUAGAAGGCAUCAAGUUCACUAGUUACAACGCAGGGCAUGUAUUAGGUGCAGCGAUGUUUCUGAUCGAGAUCGCUGGAGUCAAGAUUCUCUACACGGGUGAUUACUCCCGCGAAGAGGACAGACAUUUAAUGGCCGCCGAAGUCCCACCUGUACAACCUGACGUCCUAAUAACGGAAUCAACCUACGGUGUGCAAUCUUACCAACCACGCCUCGAGAAGGAAUCUCGCUUUACGACCUUGGUUCAUAGUAUCGUCAGCCGCGGCGGUCGCUGUCUCAUGCCUGUCUUUGCUCUUGGCCGUGCACAAGAGUUGCUUUUGAUCUUGGAUGAAUAUUGGGAAGCGCAUCCCGAAUUGGAAAGCGUGCCAAUCUAUUACGCUAGUUCCUUAGCGAAGAAAUGCAUGGCUGUCUAUCAGACUUAUAUUAAUAUGAUGAAUGCAAGAAUAAGAAAGCAAUUUGCUGUUAGUAAUCCGUUUGUGUUCAAACAUAUUUCGAAUUUGAAAAAUAUGGAUAAUUUCGACGAUGUUGGGCCUUGUGUGAUGAUGGCCAGUCCAGGAAUGUUGCAGAGCGGUUUAUCACGAGAACUAUUUGAAAGAUGGGCACCGGACCGAAGAAAUGGACUUGUUGUCACGGGUUAUUGUGUCGACGGGACUCUAGCGCGCCAUGCGAUGACGGAACCUUCGGAUAUAACUUCAAUGUCUGGCACCAAAAUUCCAUUGCGCAUGUCAGUUGACUCCAUUUCCUUCUCUGCUCAUGUGGAUUAUACCCAGAACAGCCAAUUUAUUGAUGAGGUUAAAGCUCCACAUGUUGUACUCGUACAUGGAGAGACAAACGCAAUGGGAAGAUUGAAGAGCGCAUUGAAAAGCAGAUACGCUGAACGAGAAGAAAACAUUAACAUAUACACUCCGAAGAAUUGUGAGAUUGUUAAAUUGCAUUUCCGAGGAGAAAAGAUGGCUAAGACUAUCGGUACCCUGGCAUCAAAAUACCCGACAGAGAACCAGAUAGUUACUGGCAUCCUCGUCUCUAAGGAUUUUCAGUUUAAUAUCAUUUCCGCCAGCGAUCUCAGAGAAUUUAGUGGUAUAGCCACGAGUUCUAUUCUCCAAAAGCAAACAAUUGGUUAUCGUGCCAGCUUCUCGUUGUUGAGAUAUCAUCUCGAGCAAAUGUUUGGCGUGCUAGAAGAGAUUGAAGAUAACGAUGAGGUCGUUGGGCUAAAGAUUUUGGGUGUUAUUUCGUUAACACAUACCAGUACGAAAUACGUGACCCUUGAGUGGCUUGGGAACUCGAUAAAUGAUGUCAUUGCUGAUUCAGUAUUAACGGUAAUUCUUAAUAUCGAAAGUAGUCCUGCGUCAGUCAAAGUCACCAAGCCUCCACACCACUCCCAUUCACACACAACUACUUCCGAAGAUAUACUCAACGAUGCCGAACGCUUCCUUAAACAGCAGUUUGGGGAGGUGAGACGAAAACCGGAUUCGAACGAUGAGGUCCUAAUUGUUUCUAUUGAUGAGCAGACUGCGGAAGUUAAUGUUAAAACUAUGGAAAUUCAGACCGACUAUGAUCCAUUGAGAAACAGGCUUACGAGUGUGUUGCAGAGAAUUUCGAGAACGAUACGUCCAUUAGAUCAGACUGACGCAAGGCCGAAGAUGAUAAGCGAAUGUGAGACAGACGUCGAACAGAAGAACAUAGAAAUGUGA